CAUUUGCAUUCUCACUGAAAUAAAAUAUAGUCAAACACAUACAGCCAGAUCAACCCUUUUGCUUGCUAUAAAGCAAAUCCAAUAUUUCCCUUCAAUCUUUCACAGGCAAUGCGUUUGGCGACUCUCAACAAAUUCCCACCUUCUAUAUUCUUUCAGAAAGCUAGCAGAUACCCAAGAAUCAUGAGCCAGUCAGCCAGCAACAGCAGCGGGAAGAAGCAGAUUAGAAUUGAUAUCAGCUCAGACACUAUAUGCAUGUGGUGCUUUGUUGGCAAACGAAAUUUAGACAAAGCUAUAUCUACUGCUAAAGAUAGAUAUAACUUCGAGAUUAGAUGGCAUCCUUUUUUUCUUGAUCCAUCUGCCCCUAAAGAAGGCACAAAGAUUAUGACUCUUUUCGGUCAAAGAUUUGGGUCUCGAACUGAUGCAGUUCUAAAUCAACUCAGAGAGACUCUUAGAGAUGUUGGUCUGGAAUUCAACAUAUGUGAUCUCAUUGGCAAUACCUUAGACAGCCACAGGCUUAUACAUUUUGCUGGCCAGCAAGGUCUUGACAAGCAACAUAAUCUUGCAGAGGAAUUGUUCCUUGGUUACUUCACGAAGGCUAAAUACAUUGGCGACAGGGAAUUUCUCUUGGAAUGUGCUGAAAAAGUUGGAGUAGAGGGGGCUGCAGAAUUCCUUCAAGAUCCCAAUAAUGGUGUGAAGGAGGUAUAUGAGGACCUCCACAAGUAUUCAGCAGGCCUCACAGGAGUCCCAAACUAUGUGAUCAAUGGAAAGAAGAAAUUGAAUGGAGCCCAGCCUCCAGAAGUUUUCCUCAGAGCUUUUGAAGCUGCAGCAAAUUAAUAGUUUACAGUAUAUAAGCUGGAAGAGACAACAAUAAAUCAAGAUUUCAACUUUCCCUCAUGCAUUUGUGUAAUGUUUUAUUAUUUUUAAUUAUUUUUCUUGUGUAAUAUUGGAACACACUGUUAUAUGCAUUUUUCUUGCAGUGGAUAUGUUCAAAUUGGAAUGGUUUGAGGAUUUGUGUGGAAAUUUAAAAAUAUAUUUCUUCUUUCAA